AUGGGCUUGGAGGCAACUAUGAUCGUUGUCGACAACAGCGAGAGCAGCAGAAACGGCGACUACGUACCUUCGAGAUGGGAUGCCCAAGCAGACGCCGCCAACCUGAUCUUCCAAUACAAGACACAAGCCAACCCCGAAUCCUCAGUCGGCCUCAUGACCAUGGGCGGCAGCGGUCCCGAAGUCCUUACUACCCUUACCACAAACCCCGGCAAGAUCCUCGAUGGUCUGCAUCGCACAAAGAUCCGUGGUGAAAGCCACCUGCACACCGCCAUCAUGAUCGCCUCUCUCGCCCUCAAGCACCGUCAAAACAAGAGUCAACGCCAACGCAUCAUCGUCCUUACCUGCUCGCCGCUAAACUCCGCCCAAGAAUCUCAAUCAUCUCUCGUCAAGCUGGCAAAGCGCAUGAAGAAGAACAACGUCAGCAUCGACAUUGUUGCCUUUGGUGAUCUCAGCGACGAUGUCACCUCGAAGCUUCAGGCCUUUAACGAUGCCGUCAAGGGUGGUGACGGUUCAUACCUCGAGAUUGUCCAACCCGGCCCCAAUCUUCUCUCCGACACUAUCGUCGCAUCACCAAUCCUGGCUGGCGAGACUGGCGGUAUGGGUGGUGGCUCAGCUGGUGGUGAGGGUGGUGCACCGGCAUCUGGUGGCGGCGACUUUGAGUUUGGUGUCGACCCUUCGAUGGACCCGGAACUGGCUCUGGCUUUGCGUAUGAGUAUGGAGGAGGAAACUGCUCGUCAGGCACGCGCGACCGCCACAGAAGGUGCCGAUGGCAAGACACAGCUGGAGAGCGUACCAGAGACCUCCGAGAGCCAGCCUCUGCUUGACCAGAGCGGCCAACCCAGCGGCAGCGGAGAGUCAAAAGACGACAAGAAGAAGGAUGGCGAUGAUGACAAGAUGGACACUGCAUGA